UUUUUUUGUUUGUUUGUUUGCGUGCGUGCGUGCGCGUGUGUGUGUGUGUGUGUGCUGCAGAGAGCGUCGACUCAAAUACACUCGAGGGAAUUCGUUCAGAUCAGUUCAGCACGGAGCAGCGGCGAGUUGAGCCUCCACGAAACAGUUACGGCUCAUUACGGCCAGCCAGAUGUGUGCAUAUGCCCUGGUGCAUUCUCGAGCCAGAAACUCAAGCGUUAUGUUGGACAAGUGACGUGUGAAGCGCAGCAAUAAAAAACAAACUAUACACAACAAUCAAUCAAUCAAUCAGUCAAUCAAUCAGUCAGUCAAUCAAACGAACAGUUCAUCAAUCAAAACGAAAAGACACAAAUCAAACGAAACGAAACUAAACACAACUCAAUCAGCAGUCAGUCAAUCAAUCAAACAGCCGCAAAAUGUUUGAUGUAUUCGGCUCCGUCAAGGGCCUACUGAAAAUCGAUCAGGUGUGCAUCGAUAACAAUGUCUUCCGCAUGCACUACAAGGCGACGGUCAUCAUCCUGAUCGCCUUCUCUUUGCUGGUCACCUCGCGUCAAUAUAUUGGCGAUCCGAUCGAUUGCAUCGUGGACGAGAUACCGCUGGGCGUUAUGGACACCUAUUGCUGGAUCUAUUCAACGUUUACGGUGCCGGAACGCUUGACGGGCGUCACCGGACGCGAUGUGGUGCAGCCGGGCGUUGGCUCCCAUGUGGAUGGCGAGGAUAAGGUCAAGUACCACAAGUACUAUCAGUGGGUGUGCUUUGUGCUGUUCUUCCAGGCGAUACUGUUCUAUGUGCCGCGCUACCUGUGGAAGUCGUGGGAGGGCGGACGCCUCAAGAUGCUGGUGAUGGAUCUCAAUAGUCCCAUUGUGAAUGAUGACUGCAAAAACGAUCGCAAGAAGAUUUUGGUCGAUUAUUUUAUGGGCAAUCUGAAUCGUCACAAUUUCUAUGCGUUCCGGUUCUUUGUGUGCGAGGCUCUCAACUUUGUGAAUGUCAUCGGGCAAAUCUAUUUCGUGGACUUCUUCCUGGAUGGCGAGUUCAGCACGUACGGCAGCGAUGUGCUCAAGUUUACCGAAAUGGAGCCGGACGAUCGCAUCGAUCCCAUGGCAAAGGUCUUUCCCAAGGUAACCAAAUGCACCUUCCACAAAUAUGGUCCGUCGGGCAGCGUACAGAAGUUCGACGGCUUGUGCGUGCUGCCGCUGAACAUUGUGAACGAGAAGAUCUAUGUGUUCCUCUGGUUCUGGUUCAUCAUUUUGAGCAUCUUGUCCGGCAUAUCGCUGGUGUAUCGCAUUGCCGUUGUGGUUGGACCCAAGCUGCGUCAUCUGUUGCUGCGCGCCCGUUCCCGUCUGGCCGAGAGCGAGGAGGUCGAGAAGGUGGCCAACAGGUGCAACAUUGGCGAUUGGUUCCUGCUCUAUCAGCUGGGCAAGAAUAUCGAUCCAUUGAUCUACAAGGAGGUGAUAGGGGAUCUCUAUCGCGAAAUGGGCGGCGACGGUCAAAGUCCGCAGAAGCAGCCGUUCGAGGCCUAAGUCGGAAUCGGAGUCGGAGUCGGAGUUGGAGUUGGAGUCGGAGCUGGAGUCGGAGUCGGCACCUGGGCCACCCUGUGCUAGGCCAGGCAGCGUGCCAGCGGCCUUGCACGCCGCCAAAUGAAGGAUGAUUUAUUAAAGAGGGCGUGGCCAAUAUUUAAGACAUAUCAACGAAUUGCAAUGCCAAGCGCUUGUGUUUCACAUGUUUUGACCGAUUGCAAAACACCUGAAAACCCGCAGAAGAAGAGCUAAAUGGAAUAUAUAUAUAUAUAUAUAAAAAACUGAUACAACAAAACGACACACCCACAAACAAUGCACGCCCACAACUGCCACCCUCCCCCUCAAGCCGCAGCACAGGCAGCUGUUUUUUGAAGCCAAGGACAAUCAUGAAGAAUUAUAACGGUUAAACUAUAGAAAGCGUAACUGGAACUCUAGAGAUAAUAACGAUAAAAGACAACGCAGAAAAGACACAAGUUGACAAAUGUUUCAAAGACAACAACAACAACAACAACAACAACAAAGUGCAAGCAUUUUUUUUAUACAACAAU